AUGAGGGUAUCAGAACCGAUAUUGGACAUGGACAUGGGAAAUUACAGUGAAGUUUUGGACCCAACUUAUACAACUUUGGAGUUUGAAACUAUGCAGAUUCUAUAUAAUUCCAAUGAUAGUUCUGCCCCAGAGACAACAAGUAUGAAUACCACAGACAACGGUGUCAACUGUCUAUGUGCGAUAUGUGGGGACAGAGCAACGGGAAAACACUAUGGGGCGUCGAGCUGUGAUGGGUGCAAGGGUUUCUUCAGACGCAGCAUACGCAAAAGUCACGUUUAUUCCUGCAGGUUCAGUCGCCAAUGUGUUGUUGACAAGGACAAAAGGAAUCAAUGUAGAUACUGUCGAUUAAGAAAAUGUUUUAGAGCAGGAAUGAAAAAAGAAGCUGUGCAAAAUGAACGUGAUAGAAUAAGCACCAGAAGAAGCACGUAUGAUGGUAGCAACAUCCCGUCCAUUAAUACGCUGGCCCAAGCUGAAAAUCGGUCUCGCCAGAUCUCAGUGUCAAGCCCUGGGGCAAGCACUGACAUAAACGUUAAGAAAAUUGCAAGUAUUGGUGAUGUCUGUGAAUCUAUGAAGCAGCAGCUCUUAGUCUUGGUGGAAUGGGCAAAAUAUAUUCCUGCCUUCUGUGAGUUGCCAUUGGAUGACCAGGUGGCCCUGUUGAGAGCUCACGCAGGAGAACACUUGCUGCUUGGAGCUACAAAGAGAUCCAUGAUGUAUAAAGAUAUUUUGCUUUUGGGAAACAACUACGUGAUUCACCGUAACAGCUGCGAAGUUGAGAUCAGCCGUGUGGCCAAUCGGGUUCUAGAUGAGCUGGUUCGACCUUUUCAGGAAAUCCAGAUUGAUGACAAUGAAUACGCUUGUUUGAAGGCAAUUGUAUUUUUUGACCCAGAUGCUAAAGGCCUAAGUGACCCAGUAAAGAUUAAGAACAUGAGAUUCCAAGUGCAGAUCAGCUUGGAGGACUACAUCAACGAUCGGCAGUACGACUCCCGAGGAAGGUUUGGGGAGCUUCUGCUUCUUCUGCCUACGCUGCAGAGCAUCACCUGGCAAAUGAUCGAGCAAAUACAGUUCGUUAAACUUUUCGGCAUGGUCAAAAUUGACAACCUACUUCAGGAAAUGUUACUGGGUGGUGCUUCCAAUGAGGCCAGCCAUCUCCAUCAUCCAAUGCACCCACAUUUAUCUCAAGAUCCACUAACUGGACAAACUAUACUUUUAGGUCCCAUGUCAACACUGGUGCAUACAGACCAGAUCUCAACUCCUGAAACCCCAUUGCCUUCCCCACCACAAGGCUCUGGACAAGAGCAGUACAAAAUCACUGCAAACCAAGCUUCAGUCAUUUCACACCAACCCCUCUCCAAACAGAAGCAAUUGUGAGAAAAUGUUUACUUCUGAAUGGCACUGCAGAAAUGUGAAAAGCUGUUGGUCUUGAAAUAUCUCAGGAUAGUACUUUUGGCACACUCAGCCAAGGCUCCUUCAUGGUGCUGUUUUAAGAUGGUUUCUUAUUUUCCUGUUUGUAUAACUCAUUUUGUUUAUUCUUGCUUUGGUGUAAAACUUUCACAUG